GAAAUUUCAAUGCUGUCAUUUAAACGUCAACUAUCAAUGUCAAAAUCGCAGCCAUUUUCCUUUCGUCUUUUAACAAGCGGUGUGUACACGUGUUUGCCGAUUUUUCCCCAAGAAAAUUGGAAAAUAAGACAAUAUGGGUCGUGUACGUACGAAAACCGUGAAAAAAGCCUCCAAAGUAAUCAUUGAAAAAUACUACACCCGCCUAACAUUGGACUUCCACACCAACAAAAGGCUGUGCGACGAAAUCGCAAUUAUUCCCACGAAACCUUUGCGUAACAAAAUCGCUGGGUUCGUUACCCAUUUGAUGAAGCGUCUCAGACACUCUCAAGUACGUGGAAUUUCCAUUAAAUUGCAAGAAGAGGAACGUGAGCGCAGAGACAACUAUGUACCGGAAGUUUCUGCUUUGGAACACGACAUCAUCGAAGUCGAUCCGGAAACCAAGGAAAUGUUGAAAAUGUUGGAAUUCAACAAUAUCAGUGGAUUGCAACUCUUACAGCCAACUACCAAUUACAAUAGUAAUAGAAGGGCUUGAAUUUGUAUUUAAUGGGUAAUUAAUAAAAAAAAACAUUGGUUUGCAAUUUA